AUGUCUCCGGAGGAUGUAACCACCGAAGACUCGUUUGAAACCGACCAAAAUUAUCUUGGAGAUUGCGAGAGAGAUCCUCUUCUUGGUGGUCAUGCUCCUCCGAAAAAAAAGUUUAGACUAAAGACUAUAGCCCGAGCUCUUCUUUUGACAUUAUUUGUCGCAUUCGUAAUAGUCCUAGUAGCGGUUUUCCACAUACAAGAUCACAUAAAAGACGUUCUCAAAUAUAUUGAACAACACAAAGAGUAUGGUAUAUUGGUAUAUCUUGCGGUUUAUGUAGCGUGCACAUGGUUGUUCUUGCCAGGCUCUGUCAUGAGUAUAGCUGCCGGGUUCUUGUUCAAGCCUGCUCCUCUGGCAGCAGGCAUUAUCAUACUCGGGGAUAUAAUCAGUGCACUUGGUACUUUUCUCUUUGGGAGAUACAUUUUUUCGGACUGGGUGCGUGCGCAAGUCGCAAAGAGACCCGUAUUUAAUGCAUUGAAUUAUGUGAUUGCGGAUGAAGGCUGGAAGAUUGUUGUUAUGCUCAGGUUGACACCGAUUCCGUUUAAUAUAAUUAGUUAUUUCUUCUCUGUGAGUUCGAUUGACCUUUUCUCCUUUUUGUGGGCCACCGCUCUCGGCGUGUUGCCAGGAACUUUUAAUGCUGUAUGGAUUGGGACGCUUGUCAAGAACUUGAGUGGGAUUGAUAAACCAAAGUUACAGAGACAAGAUAUCGUGAUUAUUGCUAUGAAUUUCAUUCUCGCUAGUUGUGGUGUAAUAGCAUUGUCUAUGAUUGGUAAACGUUCCAUGAGGAGAGCAAUGGCUAUGCUAGAAGCCUCCAAAGAGCUUCAGCCGGGGACGAACGAAGAUGCUGUUGUUGACAUUGAACCUCCUGGUAAGAAUAUGUUUGGCAUAUGGAUUGUGCAACUAGAACAGACAUGUUGA